CUCUUAUGGGCAUGAAACACUCCUCCCGCUGCCUGCUCCUAAGGAGGAAAAUGGCGGAGAACGCUGCUGAGAACACCGAGGCAGGAGCGACUGUGAAGGGCUUACUAUUCAGCUGCCAGGGGAGGCAGCCCCAGAUUCUUGGCUCUGGGCUCUGUAGGUCUGGAUGUUGGAGAGAAUCCACUACUUCGGUACCUGUUUGACCAGCUGUCCAGGACGGGGCAAGAUGUCCAAGCUGCUGAACCCAGAGGAGAUGACCUCGAGAGAUUAUUACUUCGACUCCUAUGCCCACUUUGGGAUCCACGAGGAAAUGCUGAAGGAUGAGGUGAGGACCCUCACUUAUCGGAACUCCAUGUACCACAACAAGCAUGUUUUCAAAGAUAAAGUGGUGCUGGAUGUCGGCAGUGGUACCGGGAUCCUGUCCAUGUUUGCUGCGAAAGCGGGCGCCAAGAAGGUGUUUGGGAUUGAAUGCUCCAGUAUUUCUGACUACUCAGAGAAGAUCAUUAAGGCCAACCACUUGGACAACAUCAUCACCAUAUUUAAGGGUAAAGUAGAAGAGGUGGAGCUGCCUGUGGAGAAGGUAGACAUCAUCAUCAGCGAGUGGAUGGGCUACUGUCUCUUCUAUGAGUCAAUGCUCAACACGGUCAUCUUUGCCAGGGACAAAUGGCUGAAACCUGGAGGGCUUAUGUUUCCAGACCGGGCAGCUUUGUACGUGGUAGCAAUUGAAGACAGACAGUACAAGGACUUCAAAAUCCACUGGUGGGAGAAUGUCUACGGCUUUGACAUGAGCUGCAUCCGGGACGUUGCCAUGAAGGAGCCCCUGGUGGACAUCGUGGACCCAAAGCAAGUGGUGACCAAUGCCUGUUUAAUAAAGGAGGUGGACAUUUACACGGUGAAGACGGAGGAGCUGUCCUUCACGUCUGCCUUCUGCCUGCAGAUACAGCGCAAUGACUACAUCCACGCCCUCGUCACCUAUUUUAAUAUUGAAUUUACCAAGUGCCACAAGAAAAUGGGGUUCUCCACAGCCCCUGAUGCCCCCUACACCCACUGGAAGCAGACCGUCUUCUACUUGGAAGAUUACCUCACCGUCCGGAGGGGGGAAGAGCUCUACGGGACCAUCUCCAUGAAGCCAAAUGCCAAAAAUGUGCGAGACCUCGAUUUCACAGUAGACUUGGAUUUUAAGGGACAGCUGUGUGAAACAUCUGUAUCUAAUGACUACAAAAUGCGUUAGCACAUGUGGGAAGCUGCAGAGAGCAAGCGAGAAAAAAAACUCUCACCUCGAUCUGCAGCACUGUAACAAGGAAUACUGUUUGCAGGACUACACGCUCGAAAACCAGAGUUUUAAAUUCUGCCUCGAAGACUGAGGGACUCAGCAGGGCUCCCGCGGGCCCUGCCACUGGACAGAGAGCCUCCGGCUCCUCAGCUCUGCUCUGCGAGCCCCUCACAAUGGCUUUGCUGUUGCUGAGCAAGAGCGAGCUCACCGAGUGCUGCAGCUGGGCCUGAGGACAGACAGUACCCAUGUAUACCCAUUGUCCUCCUUUACUGUGAAUCUCCAGACCUGCCGAGUUUUGCAUGCUGCAGGCAUCUAGGGCAGAGCGCUUCACUAGAACCUGGAGACUAGUGUCUUUGAUAGCAUAAGCCAGGUUUCCUGUCUGUGCGGUGAUGUGUGCGUGCGUGUGCACGGACAGCAUAUACAGUCGUUUAUUUACCCACGACACUGUAUAUGCAUGCAUAUACAACCACUGGGUACACCCAUGUGUUCAUUCAGGGCGUGUGUGCGUGCGCGUAUGUGUGCGUAGAAUAUAUACUACUCUCAGAGGAGGUUCUGUUGCUUUCGAAUAGGAAUUUGUUUUGUGAUUAGUUCUCCCCUCCCCAUCUCUUGCCAGAUGUUAAGCAGCUAUGAAACGUUCUCUGUACUAGCUCUGGUCUCCUUUUGACUAGACUGUGGCUCUGAACCCUGAGAGUAGUAGUACCACACCGUCUGUGGGCGCUCAAUAAAUGCACAUGAGAGUGAAGCAAUGGGACAGCUGCAUUCCUGGUGCUCCGGAGUGGGAGGGCCGGGGGACAAAUCACAGGCCAUAACGGAACAGAAAAUCAAAGGAGCAACACAUUGGUUGCUCCACGCUCCGGGGGAGGUGAGGUCCUGGGUAGAAGCAGCUGGGAAGUCAGGACUGGCUCAAGGGCACCUCCCCUGCAGACUCUCAGGAGGUGGGGAGAGGGCCCUGGAGCUGGGGAGGGCGACAUGAGCUAACCGAGAGUGCUCUGGAGCGGGAGGCCACAUGUAGCCUGGAGGGAAGCCAAGGUAAGGAGCAGGAAUCUGGGGUGUGCAUGCUGCUGGGAGGGCCAGGAAAAAGCAGGAGACGGUGGCUGAGAGACUAGGCAGAGUCUGAGGAAAGGCCAGUGAAGCGACACUCCCUGUCUAGGCCUUUUGGGCCUUUCCACUGAGCCCAGGUGAAAGACACUUGAAGUCCUUGAGGUGGCACCCCAGUUUCCCAUCACAGUUCCCUUCCUCAGUGUGGAUAGUAAAUCUCCAGUCUCCCCAACUUCUUCAGCCCUGCCACCACUAAUAUUUUGGACUCCACUCCAAUCACGGAGAGGGCAGAACUAAAUGAGAGACUUCUGUGGCUGGGAGUGGUUCACAGGGGACCUCACCUGUGAACAGGGACCCAGGUCUAGCUGCCUUGAAGAUUCAAUGGCCAGGUAGCCUGAGGGCCCGCCUCUCUGGGGCUGGGCGCCUGGGCCAUGGAGGUCUAGCCCACUGUGCCUUCAAUGCACUGUGGGCGCUGGGCGGGUCCUGCUGCGCUCCUGGCUCGGCCUCAUCACCACAGAAACAGGGAGCUGGACCAAGUGAACGAUUUUCAUACUGUUGUCCUGGGUGCCCUGAGGCUUGUGGGAAGUGCCAGGGCCAGAGUGGGCAGAGCUCUGGGUCUUCUCUGUCCAGAUUCAAAAAGAACAAUAUUUACUUUCUCUGGUUUUAUUU